GCUGAAACAAAGAUUUUAGUCAACAGCAAACUUUAAAUUGAUACGGUUGUAUUAAACGGAUUGAUAAUAAAAGAAUUGUAUUCUGUGUGUGUUUCUUUUGUAUGGAAAAAAUACAAAAUAUUUAGAAAUUUAAAGGAAAUAUUAACAAACAAAAAAAGCAAAAUAUUAAGAAAUUAAGAAAAGUUUAAAAAGUAACACAUAACUGGAGAAAAAUAAGAAAUAUAAUUCUUUUAAAAAAAGAAAUUUUAUAAAAAUAUAAAUUAAAUUGUAUUAAAUUUAAAAGUGAUUUAUUAAAGAGUGUGCUUGUUUGUGUGAAGUUUAUCUCUUGGGUGUAUAAAAAUAAACCCCCAAAAAAAAGUGAAAAAAUUAAAACGUAAACAGCUGAUAAUUGAAAGAAAUUCUUAAUUUAUUUAUAACAAAAAAAAAGGUCAUUUCCAUUUGCAGCAUAUACAUAAACAACAAUAUUAAAUUAAACGAAAUAAAAACUUAAAUACAUACUUUUAGGCGGAAAUACAUAUAACAAUAAGUGUAAUCACAAUUAAAACCAUGAACAAUUCUUAUACAUACAUAACAAAUAAAUGAUUUAAUUAAUAAAUAAACAAAGAGAAAAGGCAAAUAAAUCUCAACAUAAAAAUUAUAACUACAAUAAACGGAUUUUUAAGCAAAGAACAAAAACAAAUCUAAUGAUAUUUGAAAUAAAAAUUGUGAAAAACAUAAACUAUUAUUUGUUAAUAAAACCACCUGUAUGUUUGUGUUUUAAUGCAUUUGUCUGUGUUUAAAAUAAACGACCAACAAAACAAACAAAAGCAAAAUUCAUAGCAUAGUUUAUGGCAGCCUCAAAAUAAUACUCAAAUAUUGAACGCAAGCGAAGCAAAAGAACAAAUAGACAGAGAUAUAGUUGGCAAAAACUCUCCUAGUGUGUUGAGUGCAUAUUUCUGUUACUCCUAUAGCGAGCAUUAAGGCCAUUUAAAUGCAAAAAAAAAAAACAAAAAUAAAUUAAAUAAAUAAAUAAAUAUCGUAAUUUUGUUGCCCAGCCGUGCUGUGUUUUAUAUAACCCGCAGUUGUUUUGGUAUUUGGUUUAAGCCACCACUUAUCAACGGCUUAAAUAUCAAAUAAUAUUAUCAGACCGCAUACAGCUAAAAACCAGGCGAACAAUUUAAAAAAACCAUUUACAAACAUAUUUGCCAUUUAUUUAACUUUUUUGUGUAAAUGUAUUUGUACAUUCAUAUGUUUGGUUAACUCUUCUCAUUGUCAACAAUAAACAAUAAAAUUGAAAAUAAUAACAACAGCAACAACCACAUUUUUAUCAACGUUUCCCCCCAGAAUUUUUACAACUCUACAGCAUUACAUUUUUUGUUCGUCUUGUAUAAAAACUAUAUAAACAUUACGUUUUCAUCAUGGGAUUAAUACGUUAUUUUCUGUAUUGUUUACUGCUGAUAAAUGGUGUAUUGCAUACAUCUAGGCUUAAAACAAUGAUGUAUGUUAAUGCUGCACCGGGUGAUAUUGAAGAAUCAACUUGUGGUGUCGAACAGUUUCGUUGCAACAAUGGCAAAUGUAUACCCAACAGAUGGCGCUGUGAUCAAGAAAAGGAUUGCUCUGAUGGUUCUGAUGAAUUUCCCGGAUUGUGCAAAAGUAAAACUUGUACCCCCGAUGAGUUCACUUGUAAAUCGGGCGAGGGUGAAUGUAUACCCUUGGCCUGGAUGUGUGAUCAAAGUAAAGAUUGUUCAGAUGGUUCCGAUGAGGCUUCAUGCAACGAAACUUGUCGCUCUGAUGAGUUCACUUGCGGCAAUGGUCGUUGCAUACAAAAACGUUGGAUGUGUGAUCAUGAUGAUGAUUGCGGUGAUGGUUCCGAUGAGAAGAAUUGUGCCAAAGUACCAUGUGAUGCUCAUGAAUUCACAUGCACAAAUGGAGCCUGUAUACACAAGAAAUGGAAGUGUGAUGGUGAUCCCGACUGUUAUGAUGGAUCCGAUGAGUUGAAUUGUCGCAAUGUCACCGAAACACAUACACCCUGUCUAGCACAUGAAUACCAGUGCAAGGAUCGUAUAACCUGUUUACAUCCCAGCUGGUUAUGUGAUGGUGAAUGUGAUUGUCCCGGUUGUGAUGAUGAAGUAGAUCAAAAUUGUAAAAAUAACACUUGUCGCCCGGAUCAAUUUCAAUGUGCUGAUCGUUCUUGUAUUGCGGGGCAUCUUAUUUGCAAUGGUGAAUCUGAUUGUACCGAUAAAAGUGAUGAACUUAAUUGUGGCAUACGUAAAGAAACUGUAUGUAAUAAUACCACACAAUUUGAUUGCGGUGGCGGUCAAUGUAUAUCUCUUGCCAAAGUAUGUGACAAACAUAAAGACUGUCCGGAUGGUGAAGAUGAGCCAGCCAAUAAAUGUGAUAUAAAUGAGUGUUCCACAAAUAAUGGUGGCUGUAUGCAUAAGUGUAUUGAUCAGCCUAUAGGUUUUAAAUGUGAAUGUGAAACCGGUUAUAAGUUAAUUAAUAAUAAAUCCUGUGUGGAUAUUGAUGAAUGUGCCGAAAAUCCAGGAGCAUGUUCACAAAUUUGUAUUAAUGAAAUUGGUGGCUAUAAAUGUGAAUGCAUGGAUGGCUAUAUGCGUGAUCCACGCAAUCAUACACGCUGUAAGGCAACAGAAGGACAUGCAUCCCUGCUACUGGCACGUCGUCAUGAUAUACGUAAAAUAGCUUUGGAUCAUAUGGAAAUGACAUCGAUUGUUAAUAAUACAAAAUCAGCGACUGCUUUAGAUUUUGUUUUUCGCACCGGCAUGAUAUUCUGGAGUGAUGUGACCACACAAAGCAUAUACAAAGCACCCAUUGAUGAGGGCAACGAUAAAACAAUUGUACUGAAAGAGCAUACAGUAACCUCAGAUGGUUUGGCUGUCGAUUGGAUUUACAAUCAUAUAUACUUUACGGAUACCCACAGAUGUACCAUUGAAUUGACAAACUUUGACGGCAAUAUGGGUAAAGUGCUCAUAGAAGAUGAAUUGGAUAUACCACGUUCAAUAGCAUUGGAUCCCAUUGAAGGCUGGAUGUAUUGGUCCGAUUGGGGUGCUUCGCCUCGUAUCGAACGUGCUGGCAUGGAUGGUUCACAUCGUACCACAAUUAUCAACUAUGAUGUCAAGUGGCCAAAUGGUAUUACAUUGGAUUUGGUACGCAAACGUAUCUAUUGGGUUGAUGGUAAAUUAAACAUCAUAUCAUCUGCAAAUUAUGAUGGUUCACAGCGACGUCAGAUUUUAUAUUCAACGGAAUAUUUACGUCAUCCCUUCUCUAUUACGACAUUUGAAGAUUAUAUUUACUGGACAGAUUGGGAUAAACAGACCGUUUUCAAGGCGAAUAAAUUCAAUGGAGAAGGUGUUGAACCCAUAACAGCUGUACAUAUGCUACAACAUCCCAUGGUCAUACACGUCUAUCAUCCAUAUCGUCAACCGGACGGUGUCAAUCAUUGUCAAGCUGUCAAUGGACACUGUUCACAUUUAUGUCUGCCAGCGCCGCGCAUUAAUGAACACAGUCCACGUAUAUCGUGUGCCUGUCCCACCGGUCUCAAAUUAAUGGACGACAGACUGAUGUGUGUUGAAGAUCAUAAAAAGGAUGUUAUGAACAAUUCAUCACCACUAAAGGGAAGGAAUGUAUUAAAAACACCUGAAAUACAGCACAACAAAACACCAUCUCUACCCGGAGAUGUUAGUAAUGGUGAUGAUGAUGACAAUGAUGAAGAGCAACAGCAACAGGAGCAAUCAAUUACAGCAUCAUUUUAUGAUAGUUAUGCUGCAAAAUAUCUCUAUGCAGUCUGUCUAGAAUUACAAUUCCAUAAUAAUGAUGACCAGAGAGCCAUAGAGAUGAAUUAUAAACAUAAUACUGAUAGUGGUGCUGGUGCCGGUGAUGAAAUUGAAGAUUAUGAACGUAAAGUGAAGCAGAGAAUGAAACGUAAUAUUUUACCAAAGGAACAGGAAGGCAAACGACGACGAGACAAUAAAACUAAACAAAAACCAAUAAUGGAAAUGAAAACCAUGAAUGCAAAUGACAAAAAUAAUGAAAACAAUAUUGAAAUAAAUAAUGAAUUACCAGUGAUUAAAGACAAAAACAACAGCAAUAGCAAUAAUGAAGCUUUAGAAACCAAUGAUUUCGAUACAAUUACAAUCAAUGAUAAAUUAUCGAUAUUAAUAAAAUCCAUAAAUUAUACUAAAACUGAUAAUGAUAAAAUAACAAAAUAUGAAAUAAUUAAUAAUACAAUAGAUUCAAUGCUGCCAAAUAAAACUACCUCAGAAAAUGGCAUCAUCAAUGGGCAAAGUUUUAACACAACUAAGGAAAAUUAUAAAGAAAUUAUAGAAACUUUAGCUUCCACAGAAAUUCCUAACAGUUCACCAGAACAACAGGACAAUGAGUUUGUUAUUAAUCAGGACUAUGAUACAAACAUCUAUUUAGAUGAAACAUUCUAUGAUAGUGAUUAUUAUGUAGAAGGAGGUGCCAUGGACAGGCCACAAGAAACUGAAACGGAAAUAAUUAUUCAAUUAAUAAAUUCAUCACCUAAACCCAUAACAACCACCGCUGGCAAUCGUUUUGAAUCUACAAAUAAUAUUUCUCCUUCACUAACUGCAUUCAACGAUGAUAGUUUAAAUUCCUUUAAAACUCUUUUGUCUUUAUAUUCAUCAACAAACUUAUCAUUAUCCACAUUAUCAUCAUCAUCAUCCUCAUCAGCAGGUCAGCACACAUUCUAUACUAAUUAUGAUGUACCUGUGGGUUAUUUACGUUGGUUGUGCAAACGUUUGCCCAAAACCAGCACUAAUGCCCCACCAUUACAAGGUUCAUCUGAUGAUGAAAAGAAAACGGUCAAUGAAAUUGAAUUGAAUACAAUCACAGUUAAUAAACAUCCCACCGGAAAUGGUACACAUAAUAAUGAUGGCAGUCCUAUAACAACAACUACACAACCUGAUUCGGGUUAUAUUGCUUUAAUAGUGAUAGGUAGCUUACUGGGCACCUCACUAGUAUUGGGAGUGCUACUUUAUAGCGGUUAUCGCUACUGCAGCAGGCGCUCUAUUAAUUCGAUGAAUUUCGAAAAUCCAGUUUAUCGCAAAACAACCGAAGAUCAUUUUAGUUUGGAGAAAAAUCUACCCGUGCGCAUGUAUCCCAGUACGGUCGAUGAAGAGUCCAAAGAACCUUUAAAGGAAGUGGGCACUGAGUGUGUUUAAAGUAAAAUUGUUUACAACAAAAACUCUCAUUUCAAAAAUACCAAAAAGAGAAAACUUAAACCUAUUUUGAAAUAUUCUAGUAAAACAAACAACCAUUUUUUGGCAACAAAGAAAAGACUUACACUUUUAAAAUGUAGUAAAAUUUUUUUAGAAAAGACAAAAUUAAAGAGAAACCAAAAAAAAACAAAAAUUCAUACUGAAAUCAUUCAACUAAAAAAAAAGAAGAAAACUAAACACAA